AUGUCUAAGCCAGGGGGGCCACAUACCUCGGAGUCGCUGACGUGUAACAAAUGCGAUGUGGGCCUGAUGGGCGUUUGCCUAAAUGCUGCUGAUCAGGUCUGCACAACCAACACAAGUAGCUGCUUCACUGGAAGAGCUACCUUCCCCUCCCUCACUACUUUCCUAGGCUUCAACACCCAAGGCUGUCUGGAGAGUGCUAUAUGCAACAACACCACCAAUGCCACCCUCCUGGGUGCCACCUACACCACUGUCAGGACCUGCUGCGACACCAACAAGUGUAACCCAGUCACAAUCAGCGGCGCAACCUCUGCCAAGCUCUCUGUCACCGCAGCCCUCGGUGCUGCUCUGGUGGCCUCCGUGUGGGGCAGCAUGCUGUACUAG